AUGACGUACGGCACGGAAGUCCGUGAGGACACCAACCAGACGAAACAAAUGCUGAGGGUGGCCGAGAUGAAAACACUGAGAACAAUAGUGGGGAAAACAAGAAGAGACAGAGUAGGAAAUAUAGAUGUCAAAGAGCAAUGCGGGAUACAAGACAUUGUGAGGUGGGGAAGACAACAUAAGAGGCAGUGGUACAACCGUAUAAGACGGAUGGACGAGAACAGACUUCCGAGAAUAGUCCUAGAAAACAACCCGCCCGGCUCAAGGCCUCCCGGGAGACCACUAAAAGGUGGAAAGAUAGUUGGCAAUCCACCUCUCAGGAAAAGAUGCAGAGACAUUCCAUUCCUACGAAUGAAGACGUUUGCAGAAUUUGGUUGCAAAGAAUAA